UUCACAUAGUGAGUAUCUCUCAUCUUUUUUCAUUCAAUUUUAGAGUUACCUGAAGUCGGUAGCAUGAGUUGAAUUGUAGCUUGAUUGAUUUGUUAAUUGAAUCACCUUUUGUUUAAUUGCGCUCUGUGAAAAAAAGAGGACCAACUAGUUUUGUGACAUAUUUUUUAUUAAAUUGAUCAUCUUCUCAUAUCAUUUUCUGUAAAUUAUUUAUUUUCUUGUGAAUAUGAACCGAGAAGAUCGUAAUGGAGAAAGGUAUUCUCAUUGCCUGUGUCUUCAUGUCAAACCAGCUUCUUUAUUCAUUGGGAUUUAUUUUUUUAUAACAUCUGUACUUAAACUAAUUAAGUUGUCAUCUGGAUACAACAUUCGCAGUGAAGAUGACAUGCGACGAUUUGUGGCUGUUAAUCGGCCGACAACUACUCUUCUCUUUAUGAUUAAUCUUAUGGUCGCAAUUGUGUCGGCCAUUUUAAUUUAUGGUGUUACCAAAUCUAAAGCUUCCUAUCUAAUGCCAUUUUUUGGUAUCCAACUGUACCACUUUCUAUUCUCUCUGCCAUCUUCUUUAUCUCAGCUCAACAUUUCAACAAGCCAAUACAGAAAUCAUUAUGGUAAUAGUCCUGUUCCUAGUCCUUCAGAAGUUCGUACCAUUCUGCGAACCGAUGACAACGCAACAUACACUCUCUCUGUACUGGCUACCUUAAUAGAUUUCCUUUGUGACAUCUACUUUAUCUGUAUAAUAUGGAAAUGUUAUCGCUACCUGAAGAUGAAAGAGAUAACUUCUACUUUAAAUCUACCUUAUAACCUUGACCUUGAGAUUGUGGUCCCAUCAGAAGUUGUCAGUACAACCAAUGUAACUCCUCCUGACUAUGAAACAGCAAUCAAAGAUAGCCCACCGCCAGAUUACGAAUCUGCUAUAAAAUUUCAAGCUUAUAACUCUGCUCCAGACCAAGGGAAUGUGAAUUUAAGCAGUGGUAGUACAACCAACAAUUCAUCAAAUAAUGAAAAUCAUGUUUAUUUGUCUACAGACAACACUCAGAAGCUGGAAACAGACAUACACAAUUUAACAAAUCAGAUUAAUAACAACAAUUAUGUUAACAGUGACCAGAGCUCUGAGCAGCCAAGUCAACUUUUAUCUGGAUCUCCUAAUACCUCAAUCAACUAUAAUCAACCGCUUCAGCAAACAAAUCAACCUUCAACUCAGACAAGCCAUCAAACAAACCAAACACAGUUAAACCAACUUCAACAACAUCAUCAUCAACAACAACCACCACCACCACAACCUCCAUCUGACUUAAAGUAUUGAUCAUGAAAAUAAAAUUUGGUAAAAAAUUGUAAAUAAUUGACUAUUUUAACAAAAGAAAAAAUUUGCAUUUGUUUUUUUUCUGGCAUCGCAUGUAAAUAUGUAGGAUGUUCAAGAGAGAAAGGGGAAAAAAGAAAGAGGCAGUCAAAAUGAUGAAUUUGAACAACAAGAAUGAUGAAACAACUCAAGUCAAGUGAUAGUAGUUAAAACAGAUGAACAGAUAAUGAUACAUAACAACAAAUAUGUUGAACACUGGAUCCUCCUAUGAGAUUAUUUACCAUUUUAGUGACUAAUUGCUUUAUAUAAUAGAUAUGCAUAAUAUUUAUCACAUUGAAAUCUAUUUAUCAAUUUGAUUGAAUGGACGAGAUUUGGCGAGAAUACGCAAAUUGAACUAUUGUUCCGAUUCCAUAUUCCAAUAACAAUGGAUCAUUUUAGUUGGUUACUAAAAAAAGCAACAGUGUUGAUUGAAGAGCCAUACUUUACCAUACAUAGGAGAAUCAAAUGUAAACCAUUUUCAUAAAAUGAAAUGUUCAAGGCUCGGUGAAACAAAAAAUCAUGUGGAUUCCAUAAGCUCUAAAUUUAGCCUAACAUUGAUACCAGAAUCUUGUUUGUGCUUUUUCUGGAUAAGUGAUUAACGGCAAGGACACACAAACAAACCCGAAGUGUAAAGAAAGAGAAAGCAGCAAAAAAGAGUAACAAAGUUGCUUAAGAGAGUUUACCAGAAAAGCCAUUUUGCCUGAGGAGUCAAAAGGAAAGAUACAACAACAUUUCAAGCUAAUAAUAAUCCAAGGGAUUAGCUUGUGAAAAAAAUGAUCAUUGAUAAACUGUAAAAGAUCUACUUUUAGAUUGACAAUUUUAUUACGGAAAAAGACGGUUCCUUUCAAUGUUCA